CUGUAUUGUUGAAGGAGAGAGAGAGAGAGAGAGAGAGAGAGAGAGAGAGGCAGAACUCAUUUUGUUGUUCAAGGAGAGAGAGAGAGAGAGAGGUUUGUUAUUAGGUUUCAUUGAUUCUUUUUCUUCUUUGGAGCAAUACCGCAGGCUUUGGUAGAUGUUCUCUCCUCUCUCUCUCUCUCUCCGUUCUCUCUGCCCUGGUCAGCCGGGGGGCUGAUUCCUCGAUCAAUCUACUAAUUGCUUGAUUGAUUAGUUGGUUGAUUGAUUGAUGUGAGGAGUCGCUCCCCAGACCUUUUGCUGCUGCUGCUGCUGCAGUCGGAAUCCGUAUCCCGAUCGACCAGGUAGCAGACAAGACUUUCUCCCAAACCUUCCACCCCGCUCCCCCUCCCUUCCCCCGCCGCCCCCUCCCCCUCCCUUCCGCCGCCUGCCCCUCCCUUCCCCCGCUCCCCCCCCCCGGGUCGCCACCAUGGCUGUGGAGAAGAUAGUCGUUGCCAAUCCCGUCGUCGAGAUGGACGGCGAUGAGAUGACACGGAUCAUCUGGAAGAUGAUCAAGGACAAACUAAUUACUCCCUUCCUUGAUUUGCCCAUCAAGUACUUCGAUUUAGGCCUUCCUCAUCGCGACGAGACUGAUGACAAGGUCACGAUAGAGAGCGCAGAGGCGACGUUGAAGUACCACGUGGCCAUCAAGUGCGCAACGAUCACCCCCGACGAGGCACGUGUCACGGAGUUCGGCCUCAAGAAGAUGUGGAAGAGUCCCAACGGGACCAUCAGGAACAUCCUGAACGGGACCGUCUUCCGCGAGCCCAUCCUGUGUUCCAACAUCCCACGUCUGGUGCCAGGAUGGGAGAAGCCCAUCUGCAUAGGCCGCCACGCGUUCGGCGAUCAGUACCGCGCGACGGACAUCGUGGUAUCCCGACCGGGGAAGCUGAAGAUGGUCUUUAUCCCGACCGGUCCCGACGGGCAAGAAGUGGGCGAGGUCGAGGAGCACGAGGUCUUCGAGUUCACCUCCAAGGAGGGCGGAGGCGUGGGGAUGAGCAUGUACAACACGGACUCGUCGAUUCGGGCCUUCGCGGAGGCGUCGAUGGCUCUUGCCUACGAGAAGAGGUGGCCUCUGUACAUGACGACCAAGAACACGAUCCUCAAGAAGUAUGACGGACGGUUCAAGGACAUCUUCGCCGAGGUGUACGAGAAAGACGGUUGGCGCCAAAAAUUCGAAAGCGCGGGAAUUUGGUAUGAGCACAGGCUGAUCGAUGACAUGGUGGCGCAGGCGCUGAAGAGCAAAGGCGGGUACGUGUGGGCCUGCAAGAACUAUGAUGGGGAUGUGCAGUCUGACAUGCUGGCGCAGGGGUUUGGCUCCUUAGGUCUUAUGACAAGCGUGCUGGUGUGUCCCGACGGGAAGACCAUCGAGUCGGAGGCGGCGCACGGCACCGUGACGAGACACUACAGAGUGCACCAGAAGGGAGGAGAGACGAGUACCAACUCCAUUGCAUCGAUCUUUGCAUGGUCCAGAGGGCUGGCACAUCGCGGCAAGCUUGAUGGUAAUCAGAGACUGAUUGAUUUCUGUAAGAAAUUGGAGGCUGCGUGUGUGGAGACGGUCGAGGCCGGGAAGAUGACGAAAGACCUUGCCCUGAUCAUUCAUGGAAGCUCUCUCUCGCGCGACCAGUACCUGAACACCGAGGAAUUCAUCGACGCAGUGGCGGCGGCUCUAGUGGCCAAGCUGUGAGAACUCCUGCUCAUAAUUUUCAUCUCCAUCUUCUUAUCGUCAUCAUCGUCAUCAUCUUCUUAUCAUCAUCAUCAUCAUCAUCGUCGUCAUCAUUCUCAUAAUCGGAAUCAUCAUCAUCAUCAUCGAUCUUGUAGCUAAGCUGUGAGGACUUCUGCUCAUCAUCAUCAUCAUCGUCAUCAUCAUCUUCUUAUCAUCGUCAUCAUCAUAUCAUCAUCAUCAGUAUCAUAAUCAUUAUCAUCAUCAUAAAUGGAAUCAUCAUCAUCAUCAUCGAUCUUGUAAUCAUUGUCGGUAUAAUCUUCGUGUAUAUCAUCUCGUUAUCUUCAAUCCUAUCAUCAUUAUCAUCGUCAUUAUCCCUCUUUUUCCCAAGCUGUGAGGACACAUCGUCGCCGUCCUUGUUCAUCUUCUUCACAUUUUACAUGAGCAUCGUCAUAAUCAUUUUUGCUUGUAAUGGUUUUGGUUAUAAUUUCGGACUUAUAUUGUCGUCGUAUGCAUUUGUCUCAUAAGCAAUGAUCAUCUCUGUCAUUUGCUGCCGUCGUCGGCAUCAUCAUCAUCAUCAUCAUCAUUAUCAUCAUCAUCAUCAUCAUCGUUGUUAUAAUUAGUAUUUACGACGACGAGUGCUUUGUCGAACGUAGUGAUUGUUGUUUAAUUGGACUCUUCUUGAUUGCUUGAUGAUGAUGAUUGCUGAUAGUGAUAGGUCGUGCGUGUGCGUGUGCUCCUUUCUCCGCCUCCCUCCCCCCCCCUCCUCCUCUCUCUCCCCUGUUCGUUUUUCCUGAUCUUGAAGUACAGGCGUUUGACAAUUUUUGUAGUCGAGUAGCAGUCUGUUAGUCUGUCUGCAUGUCGCUCAAGAAAGUGUACGAGACAAUUUCGGGGUUCUUUUUCUUCUCUUUUCAGCGAAGAGUCGAUGAAAGUUCUAUGAAAGUUCGGCUAUGAGCGUUGUUGAUGUUGGCAAAAUUUCGACGAAAGAGCGUUUGGUCGUCGAAGGUUCGACGGAGUUUCGUGGCGGCGUUGUGUCGCGGUCGAUGAUACUCACGUCGUGUCGCACGUCCGGUUUAAUCCCCUUGAGAAUGUUCGUUGAGACUUCCUCUUGCGACCAUUUCCUCUCUGUUUUUUUCCCCUUGUCGUGUAGUGAUGAUGUAAUGUGUUCUUUUGUGUUUUGUGUUGUGUCGUGUUGUGUUGUGUUGUGUUGUGUCCUGCACUUUCUCUUGUCCCCUCUCGUCUGUGUCCUAAAAGCUUUUUUUGGGAUGGAAUGAGAGGGCCUCGCUGCACUACUCUCGACAUGCACAAAAGACAAAAAACAUGGCGCUGUAUCUUUCCAUAUUCUAGCGGAAGAUUCACUCUCGUUUUGCACAUUUCGCGAGCAGUGCAGCGAGGCCCUGGAAGUCCGAUGACGAUGGGAAAAUAUAGAGAGUGCUUCAGUAAAGCGAUUUCCUGCUCUUCUCAUUGACCUUUUUUUUUUUUUUGGGAUCGGACGUCGGUAUGUACGUACAGCAAUUCGGUCAGUCGCUCUGUAUGUACCCUCUCUUUUCUCUACUCGCGCGUAUUUUCUGAAAUAAGUUCUGCCCCUUCAUACUUGAUUCGUGUUAUUCCUGGUCGUAUUUCGAAGCGUUGGUUGAUUUUAACAGCUCGUCUAUCAGCGCUUGAUGACCUCCGCCAUUGAUUCGUGUUAUUCCUGUGAGUGUGUAGCAGGGAUUUCCUCCUCUGUGUGUAGCAUGACUUCCUUUUCUCCGUGUAGCAGGGAUGCCCUCUGUGUGUGUAUUAAAAUCGACUAAGUAAGAUAUGAUUCCCUUCUCUGUCUGUAGCAGGGAUGCUCUGUGUGUGUAAUAAAAUCGACGAAGUAUU